GGCUCUCAUUUCAUUUGACGAGCGUUUCGUUUCAAUUUCCGGGCUUUCCCCUUCCCCCACCUCUCUUCUUCUUCUGCUCCUCGUUUGCUCACUGGACCAGCGGGAUUGGUCGCUGUUCGAUGGAGGUCUGGCUGCGGCGUGGGGGGUUUACGCCCGUUCGCUGGGUCUUGGAGGGUCCUGUCGCCGCCUACUGGUUCUGGUGGUCGGAUAGGUGAAGGAUCCGAAGGGUUUUGAGCUGAUCCGUGGUCGUUUGGCUGUCGGCUUGAUCCUAUCUUUGCUGAUCGCUCUGCAACAGCCAAGGCCCAUCUCCGCCUAGCCGGAACAUGUGCGGCGGCCCCGAACGCAUAAGGCCUUCUUCGUCGUCAACCUCGCAGGAAGAGAAGUUCAACAGCAGCAGCAGCAGAGGUGGCGGGUUUGCUGGCGAAGGAAUGAACCACCUCGCCGUGGAGACCGACGACUCGUCCUCGAGCCUUCUCGAGCUCGCGGCGAACAACGAUGUCGGCGCCUUCAGGCGAUCGCUCGACCGCGACCCCUCGGCCGUUGAUGAGGUCGGCCUCUGGUACGGCCGCGAGAAGGGCUCCAACAGGAUGCUCCUCCAGCACCGCACUCCGCUUAUGGUCGCCGCGACUUAUGGCAGCCUCGAUGUCCUCGAACUUCUCCUCUCUUUGCCUUCUUCCGUCGAUGUCAGCCGAGCUGACGGGCAUGACAGAACCACGGCCUUGCACUGCGCUGCCUCAGGGGGUUCUCCCAACGCUGCUGAUGCUGUGAAGUUGCUACUUUCUGCCGGUGCCGACUCUAACUUGGUCGACGCUAGUGGCCACCGGCCUGCUGAUGUGGUUGUCGUGCCCCUAAAGGUGCCUGAUGUGAGGACUGUGCUGGAAGAACUUCUAGGGAGGAGCUCUAAUGGUACAUGCAGGGAUCACCAUCAUCGUGCUCUUCGCACGAUUACGAGGUUAUCGAAGACAGAUUCGCAGCCCCCGUCUUCCUCUCUUGACGAGGACGGAACACCAUCGUCGGACUCGGCUUCUUUCCCCGCGACAAUUGCCAAAGCCCCCGAACUCCAGCCACCUGCCGUGGUGACUGAGAAAAAAGAGUAUCCUGUGGACCCGUCGCUUCCAGACAUCAAGAGCAGCAUCUACGCAACUGAUGAGUUCCGAAUGUACUCGUUCAAAGUCCGACCAUGUUCGCGAGCCUACUCCCAUGAUUGGACUGAGUGCCCUUUCGUUCAUCCCGGCGAGAAUGCCCGGCGGCGUGACCCAAGGAAGUAUCACUAUAGUUGUGUUCCGUGCCCUGAUUUCCGAAAGGGAACUUGCAGGAGGGGCGACAUGUGUGAGUAUGCGCAUGGGGUGUUUGAGUGUUGGCUUCACCCAGCGCAGUACCGCACUAGGCUUUGCAAGGAUGGGACUAACUGCUCUCGCCGUGUCUGUUUUUUUGCCCACACUCAUGAAGAGCUCCGUCCGCUGUACAUGUCCACUGGCUCUGCAGUGCCAUCGUCUUCUGCUGCUAUUGAGAUGGCUGCCGCUAUGGGCCUCAUGCCUGGGUCUCCAUCUUCCAUCUCCACUGUGAUGCAUCCUUUCACUUCACCAUUGUCCCCAUCUGGAAAUGGUAUCGGUCACUCUUCAUUGGCAUGGGCUCAGCCAAAUGUGCCUGUGCUUCAUCUUCCUGGGAUCAAUCUCAAGGGGAGCAGGUUACGCACAUCUCUCAGUGCGAGGGAGAUGCCUUUGGAUGAUUUUUCUGCGAUGCCUGAAUUUGAUGCUCAGCAGCUGCUAAAUGAUCCGUCCCACACUUGCCUGAGCCCAUCAAUGGGGAAUUUGAUGGUGCGACCAAAGAUCCUUGCUCCAUCAAACCUUGAUGACCUUUUCUCAGCUGAGAUUGCCUCGUCUCCAAAGUAUAAUUCUGAUCAAGGUGCAAUUUUUUCUCCAUCCCACAAGGCUGCUAUUCACAGUCAAUUCCAGCAGCAGCAGCAAGGCUUGCUCUCACCAAUUAACACAGUUUUCUCACCCAAAGCCAUGGAAAACCAGCUGCUUCCGGGACGCCCUACCCUGCUGCAUGCCUCACUUGGUGUCUCUUCACCUGGCAUGAUGUCCCCUAGAAGCAUGGAGCCUGCUUCUCCCAAGAGCUCUCAUCUGGCUUUGCUUGGUCAGCAGGAGAAGCAACAGCAGACACUUCAGAGCCUGAGCUCUCGUGAUCUUGGUUCUGGAACAUCCCUGGUUUUUGGUUCUUCUGGUAACUCUUCAUGGUCAAAGUGGGCUUCACCUUCUGGGAUUCUUGACUUGGGAGUGAAUGGCGAAGAGCUUGGUCGUCUCAAUCGAUCAUCUUCCUUUGAGCUGCAGGCUAAUGGCGAGGAGCCUGAUCUCUCAUGGGUCCACUCUUUAGUGAGAGAAUCGCCAUCUGAGGAAGUGGGCACUGCUUCAGUUGCUCCAGCUUGGCCUUCCGGCUUGGGUCCUGCUGCUGAUGGAGUUGAGGAUUCCAAUUGAAAUGGCCAGUCUGUGACCUUGAUCAAGCUGCAGUCCUUGGUGCCUGGCUUGAGUAGAUGCAGCUUGAUCGAAUGGUACCCCAACACAACUCAAAUUUUUGCUGAACAUCUUGGACAGGCAUUCGGUAGUAGCUAAUGAUCUAAGUAAAUAGUAUUUUUUUGGUUUGUUGGGAAGGUGAACUAGAGGAAAGAAUCUGAAGGUUUAAAUUCCAUAGAUUCAUUAUCUUGAGAAAUGGAUUUAUUGUUACUUCAAGAGGAGUUCUAAAAGGUCAAAAACAUUGGAAGGCAUCGUAUCUGGGUUAUUUCAAUUCUGCCCAGGUGAUCUCCGCCUAUAUUUUGAAUUUUCUUUACUUUCUUUUUCUUUUCACAAUUGGUUGUUAAUCUCCAAAGCCCAGGUCAACAGGCUUCAUGGCUUUGAAACUUGUGGAGCUUCUGUCUGAGUUUUUAGGGGGUUAAAAUCCCAUUCCUUUGUUAUGAAGAUUAUUAUCUUGGUGGGUCGUGAGGAGACUGUUGCGGUUUCACCUGUUCUGCAUAUGACUAAAUCAGUGUUUCUGAGAGAAGGAAAGAAUGGAAAGUGUGCUCAAGUGCACCGCAUGGAGCUUAAAAAAUUUUUGUUGUCUUGAUGGAUCUAACGGCAGGGAAAAAAUGGUAGUUGUGUUCUUAUGUAACUUCUGAUCGAACUUCAACACUGUAAUUUCAAUUCAUUUUUUCUUUUGUCUUUUCUUCAUUCUUUCUUGUGCAUUAUAUAAAGUUUCAAUUUGUGCACGUA